AUGUUAAAAGAGUUUAAUAUCGUGGAGAGUGUUUUAGGAACACACCUUUUCUUCACGCUGCAGUGGACGGAUGAGUACAUACGUUGGGACAGUGAAGAAUACGACAACAUCACAGUGGUAAACCUCCCCCUCCUCGACGUGUGGGUUCCGCCCAUGGUACUGAUGAACCCAGCCGGCAGCUUCGGCUUCCUAAGCAAAGAGAAAGACAUGCUUCUUGUUCAGUAUUCUUCGAAAGGCUUGGCAUCAUUGGUCUUCGCUGCCUAUCUCGAGAGCACGUGCAAACCAUUUAUCAAAUAUUUUCCAUUCGACUCUCACACUUGUCACCUGAUGAUAAGCCAUCUAGGCUACAGUAUGGGCGAAGUGACCUCCGCCCCGUCACAUGUUUAUGUGAAUAAUUUUGUGGAUAACGGACAAUGGAUUGUGGACGAAUUGAACCUCACAGAGAAAUGGUUAAUUCCUGGAGUUAACGAAUCUCAGUAUGUUGAUUUAUCCAUACAGUUGUCACGUCGACCAGAAUUUUUACUUCUAAAUCUGUUCAUCCCCAUUGCCUUCCUGAUCUGUAUGAAUUUGUUUGUGUUUUUCCUUCCAGCUGAGUGUGGGGAGAAGGCAAGCUACUCCAUCACUGUACUUCUGUCUCUGGCAAUCUUCAUGACUAUCGUCAUGGAUCAGUUACCUCCAUUGUCCUCAGAUGUUCCCGUUGUAAGCAUUAUUCUCUGUAUGCAUCUCGCCAAUAACGUCAUAGUAUGCACGUGUACUAUUCUAUCCCUGAACUACCACCAUCGAAGUGACACCAGGGACAUACCUUGCCAUCUCCGACUUUUAACCAUGUUGGUGACUUGGCGAACAUACAAGAGUAAUUGCAACAAAAUAGGAGACGUCCCAAAGAGAACAGCAAAAGAAAACAUGUCCCCAGGGGCUGACGAGAAGAAUAGCAACAUAACAGAGACGGAUGAUAUCACACACCGCGCUGAUGUGUCGGAGGACAUUGACCGGCGUCAUAUACUGACCUGGCAGAAAGUGAGUCACGCGAUUGACAGGUGGAAUUUCUUCAUCUGUAUCAUGAUGACAAUACUUGAGAGUGGCCUUGUCUUUUACCAUUCAUUUCAAGACAUGUAA